AGUGCGUGAAGCGGGCGAUCACUGCGGCGGGUGUGUCUUUGUUGGAGGCGGGAACAGCGAUAGCGAGGGUGGGAGAGAGGAUGGCGAGAGGACGCAUGGCGGAGUGUAGGUGGUGCGUGAGUAGAACAAAUGCGAAGGUAUGGAGUCGAGCGGAGUCUGAUUACUUGGUUCAAGAGGAUACGGCAUAGGCCUUGCGCGUCGUACCUCAGCCUUCUUAUAUCCUUUGCCGUAUGCAACCACGCUGCAUCGCUCCUGCCAACUAUACUUCUUUUCCGGCCACCUCGCACAAAACGUCGCGUACACUCGUUCCUCUCGACAAAAUCCGCGGCGUUGAUACGUCCACGGUGCGUCAUCCCAUCUGGAACCACGGCUCCUUCAAUUGCCCUAUAUAAACCCAAGACCUCCUCUAUAUCUUCUGAUUUCCCGCCGUUCUCCCAGGUUCUCAGCGAGUCGACCCAGGCACGCACCUUGCACUCACACCCACUGCAUUAUUGGUCGGCGCUAGAUUGUGUAUUGCUGGAGUUCAACGUGAUUGGACACUGUGUUUUUCUGGUAUUGGAGUGUGCGCAUCGUCGUUACCAGCCUGCCGGUUGAUGUGGGCAUUCUUCCGGGCGGUCUUGGAACGGGAGACGGGGUUACAUUAUAGUUUCUUCCCCCACUGAUGAGGUGCAGGGAUUGCAUGUGGGGCUGAGGAACG